ACCAAACAGUCUAGCAGCUGACCGCAUUCACUUGUUGCCCGGAGGAACAGAGCGGAGCAGCGGCUGAGACGUGACUUUCGAUUUUCAUUGGAUGAGAGUGUGUGCCACAGGCGCAACCUGUCAUAAUUAUCGCCGGGCUACGCAGUCAGUCAGUCCAUCAACGUCUGCGCGCGCCUCAACAUGUGGCUGCUGCUGCCGAUAAUCGUCUACUCGGCGAUCUUUCUGUAUGUGAGACACAUCUACAGCUAUUGGCGACGUAAGCGCUUCCCGAGCGAGCAUACCUCGUUGUCCUGGCAGUUUCUCACGCUGGCCUACCAACGAGAGUUCAGGCACGUGGAGGCCAUAUGUGAGGCAUAUCAGAAAGGGAGCGACCGUUUGCUUGGCAUUUACUGCUUCUUUCGACCCGUAUUGCUGGUGCGGCAUCCGCAGCUGGCCUUUAGCAUUCUGCAACAGUCGAAUGGACACUUUAACGAAUCCAAAUGGGAUUAUGUCAAGGGCUUUAGACGUAUCAACUUGUUGGAGAAACUGUCGCCCAUGUUCAGCACAGAGCGUUUAUGCUCCAUGUUCAACAUUGCUCAACAUGUAACCGACUAUAUGAUGCAGUACUUGGCAAGCCGGGAGCAGCAGGGCCAGCUGGAGUUGGAUCUGCAGCACCUGAUGAGAAUCUAUGCUGUGAAUAUCAUGGGGAAUCUGGUCUACGGCUUGGACGUGAAUAACUUUGUGCAAAGGGAUCAUAUACUCAACAGCUAUGUGCAGCAUCCUUCGCAAUAUGGUGGACUACAAUCAUUCACACUGAGAGGCAUGCCACAAAAAUCCUCGCUCAGUUAUCGCCUCUUGGACAUUAUUAAACACAAUGUUGAGCUGCGCGAGGAGAGCGGCAUCAUACGCAAGGAUAUGCUUCAACUGUUGGUCAAGUUUCGCAAUGGCAACGAUCUCAGCAGCGACAAGUGGCAAGUCGAACAUGCCAUCGAAGAGGACAAGCUGAUGUGCAUCAAGAGACUGUCUAAGGUGGCUGAGGAUUUAAUGCACUCAGCUUUGGACAGCAUUGCUUCUACUAUAACUCUGACACUCUAUGAGAUUGCACAACAGCCACUGAUUGUAGAGAAGCUACAGACAGAGAUCAAGGAACUUAACUUUAAGGGUGGCCAACUGGCCUUUGAUCAAUUGGUGGGACUCAAAUACAUGGACAUGUGUGUGAAAGAAACUCUGCGCAAGUAUCCACCAGUGCCCAUAAUAGAGCGCGUUUGCCGCAAGAGCUACACAGUGCCUGGCAGCAAGCUGAGCAUUGGCGAGGGCAAGACGUUGAUGGUGCCGCUGCUGGCCAUACAACGCGAUGGCCGAUACUUUGGAGAGCCACUGAAAUAUAAACCGCUUCGUUUUCUACAUGACAAACCCAAUGAAACCCAGCUAUGUCCUUCAGCCUUUGCAAGCUUUGGCAUAGGCGGUGCUCAGUGCGUGGCACAAAACUUUGCCAAAAUGGUCAUUAAGCUGGCGCUAGUUAGGCUGCUGCACAACUAUGAUCUUGAAUUGGAUGAGAGUGCUGUGGUCGAGGUCUCGCAUCUGCCGGCGCCUUUUAUUAGCUCCCCGGAUGGACUUAAACUUCAGCUGAAAGCGCGUGAAAUUCUAAAGCCAAGCAAUCCUCGCAAAAGUUCAAUUUAGAAACGAAUUUAAUUUAUGCAGCACUUGACGUAUUUUCCCUUAUUUUGUUCUCUUUUAUAAUUUUUCAACACUUCAUUUAAGCACUGUGCUGCUAGCUGUG